CUCCAAUAGGCACUUAUAUCGCCAACCGUCGGCACCCUCGGCAUUAUCAUCUGCGUCCCCGCUUCCAGGUGAAGCCAUCGCCUAUCACUAGCUCUAUCGUGGCUACCAACUUCAUGUCAAAAAUCGCCCCCAAGGUCCCCCACGGCCGCAAAGCCAGCAGCGAACGCGAGGCUCGCGGCAAAGGGGCAACGUUCGACGGCAUGCCUGCCCUUGGCCCAUUGUCGGUGCGGCCCCGACCUUCGACUCCGCUCACAACCCAGAGCAGCCGGCGCGGCACCGCGCAUAACCUGCGGCGGCGCUCGGUGUUUCGCCCCGUGGAGUCGCCCAAGAAGGUGCCGAGUGAAAAGGACGAUCCGGUGCGGAGGUCGUCCAUGGGGCUGGCCACGACGCUGCUCAAUCCGUACUCGGCGGCGGACCGCAACGAGUCAUCCAUGAUCACAAAACUCAUGGAGGAAAAGUACGGGUUCAACUACUUGACCAACGAAUUCUCGGCCAACUUUCUCGUCGAGCGCGAGUACCAGAACUACUACACUGAGAUCAGCUUGACGUCUGCAUGCAACUUUAGUUUGUUUCUGUGGGUGAUCUGGGUCGCGUCCACGGCCUUGGACUUGUACCUGCUAUUCCACGCAGAUGACGGCCAAGUCGACGCGAUCUCGUCGGCGCGGCUGAGUGUAUACUUUUCCCUUCCGUUCCUAGUCCCGACUCCGUUUUUGGUCGCCCUAUGCCAAUACAAGCAGUACGAGCAGCACAUGCAGCCGAUUUUCAACGUGAUCGUGCACUGCUUUGCGCUGUCGUUGAUGGGCGGCGGUUUCUUUUGCUCGACGGAUCAAAUGAAGGGGUUUACAGCCAAAAACAUGAACUCAAUCAUGGACUACGCCAUCGGCAUGAACACUGUCGCAAACGCUGCGAUAGGGUUUGUUGCCAACACAACCAGCGCCGCCAUCAUGCGCGACGGUACCCCGUCCCUUGUCGUGCACCUUGCCGACCAAACGGUGCAGUUUGCCCUGCAAACACCAACUGGCAACUUUGCACUGCUGCAAAACUUGACGUAUCCGGCGCUCUCGGGGGGAUCGAUUGUGCUCGCGGAUCUCGUUCUGAACGGCACACAGGUAUUCAACCUCAACAACCGAACCGACUGGUGGCGGUUCCCCGACCGCGAGGGCACAUUGGAACAGAUUCUCACAUUCUUUAUCCUGGACGUGAUGCUGCCGUUCUCGCAGCUCAACGCGAACCUGGUGCGGCCAAUUGUGGUGCUGAUCGCUGCGCCUAUGUUUCACCUGAACGCGGCGCACUAUAUCUUCGUCGCGUUCAACAUCAACGUCUUUUACUGCCUUGCGCUGUCCAUGACGUAUCCCGUGUCGAGCUCUAGCUUCCUAAUGCGGUGCAAGUUUUACCUCGUGUUUGUAUUGGCCACGCUCACAGUGAUCAUGGUGUACCGUGCUCGGCAGAGCGACCGGUUUAUGCGGCUGAAUUACCUCAACGUGCGGUCGGUCAAGGAAGAAGUGCGCAUCACCCAAGCGCAGAAAGAGCAAAUUCAAAACGAAAACCGAUCGCUCAAGCGCAUGUUGCAAGCGCACAACGCUGGCACGUCUGACAUGCUCGAUUUGGACUCGCCCAUGGCCAAAGUAAUCACAGACUUGACCAAAAUUCAACAAAACGUGACCCUGGACAAGAGCCUCCAAGCAAAUUUGAGCGAGAUAGUUACGCUUUUAACCAAGCAAGGCCACAAUUUAUUUGCCCCCGACAUCCACGAACAGCUCAAGGGCAAGAGCGGCGAAGUCGAUAUCGACGACGACACCAAAGGAUGGGCCACCACGGUACUGGCCAGCAAGGCGUAUCAGCGUAACAAUAACCGACGAUCGUCCACGACCACCGACGACGAGGCGGAGGGGGUGCUAGCGUCCAUCAACCUCCACCCUGACGUCCGCUUGCCGGACGAAGACGUCUUGUCCAAGAUCAACGCCAUGAUGUUGCUCUACGGGUGGAACGUUGACAUUCACGAGGUCGCAGAGAUGGCCCAAGGCAGCCCGAUCUCGUACGUGACGUACGUGAUCUUUGAAAGGCACAACCUCUUCACGUCGUGCUCGGUUGAACGCAAUGUGAUGCUCAACUUCUUUUGGUUCAUCGACGCCGGCUACCUCCCCAACCCCUACCACAACAACUGCCAUGCUGCCGACGUGGUGAAUUACGUCGAGUUUAUGCUAUCAGCAGUCGACGGUGGCUUCAUCAUGACCCUGCUCAAUAUGCAAGAAGUGUUUGCAGCGAUUGUGGCCGCGGCCAUUCACGACUUUCGACAUCCCGGCAAAUCCAACAACUUUCUCGUCAAGGCAGGUCAUAGCCUCGCCGUGCGAUACAGUGACGCGUCCGUGUUGGAACGCAUGCACUUGGCCGAGUCGUUCAUCUUGGCGUCGGAGCCCCAGUUCAAUAUAUUUAGGUACUACCUAAUCCUGGUCAUAUUGUUCAAUAUUAUCAUUCGUUCAGUACUACGUACUACCUAAUCCUAGUCAUCAUAUAUAGCAUUAAUCGAUAGAUAGUAUUGAUUGUGUGAAUAUGUGUGUUUUGCCUUGGUUCUCGAGCUACGAAAGUGAUUGGGAAGGCUAGUACAGUAGGUUGUAUGUCGUGUUUGUUUGUUUCUACUGUCGAAAGUACAUGUACCUCCCUAUCACCUAAGCAAUCGUCAUAGCCUACCGAACUUUGUUGUGGUCAGACUUGCUAGCUAGCUCGUACGUUGUUCGACAGUUGACGUUUUGGACGUGUAUACAUAUGUAAAUAGCGGCAUGAAACCAAAGCAGUACACGGAAGUACGCAAGGCCAUCAUUGAAAUGGUCUUGACCACCGACUUGUCGGUACACUUGCAACUCGUGGGGAGUCUGAAGACGGCGCUGUUAUCUCAAAACAAGAACGACGUGAUGGAAUCGCCGAUGAUGCUCAUGAAGAUCAUCAUCAAGUGCGCCGACAUUGGCCACUCAUCCAAGGCCACUUUACUGCAUGCGCGGUGGUCGGAGCUGAUCAUUGAAGAGUUUUUCCUCCAGGGCGACGAAGAGAAGGAGCUCGGGAUGGAGAUCAGUCCAUUUAUGAACCGCGCAUCUGAGAACAGCGCCAAGAACCAAGUCGGGUUCUUUGAGUUUAUCAUUUUGCCGUUCUUUGACGUUGUGGCUGAAAUCGUGUUUACACCGGGGUUCAAACCAAUCUUGGACCAAGUACACCGCAAUUACAACAUGUGGAAGAAGGCCGAGAUGCUCCAGCUCAAGAACAUCAAGGACAUCCUUGACCAAGUGUUUUGUGUGGACGAGCACCGGAUGGUAAGCGCACAAGCGAACCGCACGAGUUUUGUCCCGCGGCCGUCGCACAUUGGCGUGCAUAACAGCAGCAGCCCCCGCGGUACUGGCAACAGCGGCACUCCCGCCAUGCCCGUGGCCCCUUCCCCGCCGAUGACAUCGACUGGCGGUGGCGGUCCGAGCACGCAUCAUAAUAGUAUGUGCGUCACUCCACCAGCAGCAGCACCUGUGUUGGAAACACCCGACGAGGAACCAUCGCCGCCGUUGCCAGGUGUAGAAUAGAGACAAUUCAAACGUGUUAUAUAUUUUUCGACACCUGCGACGG